CCGGAUUGUGAAAGCGGGAGCGGUUGACAUCGGGACCACCUUCUUCCCUCUCUCGCUCUCUCUCGGCCUCCCCGCUCGAGUACGACUCUGGUGCCCUAAAUCCGGCAUCUUCCGGCUUCCUCCGAACUACCGUCUGGCUUCUCUCAGUCAUCCAGGCUAUGUAGCUCAUGAUGUUGUGACCCUAUAAGUACAUACUCUACCAAUAUGCAUCAAUGGUGUUGACAUAUAUGAAGAAACUCAGAAGUUUGGUGUUGCUGAGCAGGGAAAUAGGUAUCGUGAAAAGAGGAUCAAAGCACAAAAAGAUUAUGUGGAAGAAACCUGAGAGAAAUGUCAGAUUCAUUUUCAGUACUAUGCUUCAUGUGCCUGAGAUUCCUGUUGAUUUUGAACUCCCGGAAUGGCUAAAGGAACAGAGAUCUAUGCAAUAUACUUUCAUAAAGCGCAAUGUUUAUCUAGCAAAGAAACCGAAGAGGCGUAAUGAAGAUGAUGGAAUUUUCUGUUCCUGUGCUGCUUCUCCUGGAUCAUCAACUGUGUGUCAGAAAGAUUGCCAUUGUGGGAUGUUAUUGUCUUGCUGUUCAUCCAGCUGCCGAUGUGCAGAUUCGUGUGCCAAUAGGCCUUUUCAGAGUCGUGUCAGCAAGAAAAUGAAAGUAGUGAAGACUGAGAAAUGUGGAUUAGGAUUGGUAGCAAAAGAGGAUAUAAGUCAGGGGGAGUUUGUCAUAGAAUAUGUGGGUGAAGUUAUUGAUGAUAAAACAUGUGAGGAGAGGCUAUGGGAAAUGAAGCGCCGUGGUGAAACUAACUUUUAUCUGUGUGAGGUUAACAGGGAUAUGGUUAUUGAUGCCACAUACAAGGGAAACAAGUCUCGCUUUAUGAACCAUAGUUGUCAGCCCAAUACUGAAAUGCAGAAAUGGAGAGUUGAUGGUGAGACCAGAAUUGGAAUUUUUGCUAAACGCAAGAUUAAGAUGGGCGAGCCUUUGACCUAUGAUUAUCAGUUUAUUCAAUUUGGAAAGGAUCAAGAGUGCUACUGUGGUGCUUUGGGUUGCAGAGGAAAGUUGGGAGCGAAGCCCAGCAAGCAGAAGCUAUCUUCAGAGGCUGCUACUGAGUUUGUUGCUUGUGAGGUGGCAGCUACUUCACCUAUACUGAAAGCAUUUCUAUAUGAAAAAGGCCUUCUUGAUUGGCCUGCUGGAGAAAUAUCUAGUGGAAGAUUUCUUAAUGGCCACUCCAUUAAGCGGAGAGGGGACUGCAUUGGUCUACGUGUGAAAGUAUGGUGGCCAGAAGACAAAAGAUUCUAUAAAGGGAAAAUAUCAGCCUAUAAUGCAAAGAACAAAAAACACACAAUAUUAUAUGACGAUGGAGACAAAGAAGUUUUAGAUAUGAGAAAAGAACGUUGGGAUUUCGUCACAGUGCGUGAUUUUCAGUGUCCGCUCUAGUGGCAUUAGAAACUGCAUGACAGUUUUCAUGGAUCUGAUCAACUAUCUACUAAGAACUAUCGGCAGUUCCUCAUCAUCUGGAUUCCUUCCCAUUUUUUUGUCGCCUGUGGUGUACAAUAUGCUUUAACAAUUUUCUUCAAGCAGUAAUCUGCAAAUUGUAUAAUCUUGUCAAGGUGUAACAUAGCGCAUCUUGUAGCAUAGUAUUGAAAGAAGUCGGAAGAUUACAUGCGAUACCGUAGACCAAUUUUUUUCAGAGUGGCAUGUCAAAGUGGGGAGACGAUGUUUUUGUGAUGGGUUCUCUUUCUCUCUCUAACUUGUUCUAACUUUAAGGUUUUCUUGUGGAUGUUGUAUGAUUCUGCUCAUGUUAUCAAUGUUUCAACAUGUGCAAGCUGAUCUGUUUUAAGUGUAAACUAAUGAAGUGUGUGAUUAUAUUUGUACUGUAAACAGUCAUUUGACUGGAAAUGGUUUACGUUGGGCAUCAUCUUCUGCUUCUGAGUUUAUGUUAGGUUGCUUCCUCUAUUACUCUGAAACCAAAAUGUUGUUGGCGUUGAUAAAUUGAUAUGAGUUUUAUA